AUGGCUAACAAGAAUUUGAGCAUCAUCAUCCUCAUAGCAACACUAGUGGCUCAAGCUACUUGGGUUAGAGCAGCAGAGCAUAUAGUUGGAGAUGAUAAAGGUUGGGCCGAGGGUGUCGAUUACGAAGCAUGGGCUAAGGGUCGGGAAUUCAAGCAGGGAGACAAACUUGGUAAAUAUUACACAUGCUUUGUUGAUAAUUAUAUGUCUAUGUCUUGCAGCAAGCUAACUAUGUUCUUCUUGUCACUGUCAAGCCAUCUGGUGGGUGUCCCGGUGGGUGUCCCGGUGGGUGUCCCGGUGGGUGUCCCGGUGGGUGUCCCGGUGGGUGUCCCGGUGGAUGUCCCGGUGGGUGUCCCGGAGGGUGUCCCGGAGGGUGUCCGGGUGGGUGUCCAGGAGGGUGUCCCGGUGGAUGUCCCGGUGGAUGUCCGGGUGGGUGUCCAGGAGGGUGUCCCGGUGGGUGUCCCGGAGGGUGUCCCGGGGGGUGUCCCGGAGGGUGCCCCGGUGGGUGUCCCGGAGGGUGUCCCGGAGGCUGUCCCGGAGGGUGCCCCGGUGGGUGUCCCGGAGGCUGUCCCGGAGGCUGUCCUGGUGGGUGCCCCGGUGGGUGCCCCGGUGGGUGCCCCGGUGGGUGCCCCGGUGGGUGCCCCGGUGGGUGCCCCGGUGGGUGUCCCGGUGGGUGUCCCGGUGGGUGUCCCGGUGGGUGUCCCGGUGGGUGUCCCGGUGGGUGUCCCGGAGGGUGUCCCGGAGGGUGUCCCGGAGGGUGUCCCGGAGGGUGUCCCGGAGGGUGUCCCGGUGGGUGUCCCGGAGGGUGUCCCGGAGGGUGUCCCGGAGGGUGUCCCGGUGGGUGUCCCGGUGGGUGUCCCGGUGGAUGUCCCGGAGGAUGUCCCGGGGGGUGUCCAUGUCCUGCAAAGCCAUGAUGUCCUCCAUGAUACAAGCAUAAAACUCUAA